UCCUGCAGCAGGGCCCGGCCAGCGUGAGGGGAUCCUGGACAGCCCCGGGGGGGAUCCCGGCGCCGCUGUUCCUCACCGAGCGGAUCCCGGUUUUAGGCAGGGAAUGCUGCCAGGCGCGGCUGUUCCCGCAGGAUGUGUUCCCUGAGUGCCGGGCACAGAAAUGUGUGAAUAUCUCAGAACAUCCGAGCGGGAGGGAGUCCCAGGAGCGCCCAGCCAGCCCCGGGCCUGCGCACGCACCCCGACAAUCCCGCCUGCUCUGAGAGCGCUGUAAUGCUCCUGGGGCUCACGCUGCUCAGAACGGUUCAUUUUUAUUUAUUUGGGUGGUUUCUGCUCUUGUGCUCGUUGCUCUGCUUUGUUCCUGAAUGUGUUUUACUCCUUUAUUACUGGAGUUUCCUGUAUAAACUCCGGGCUGUGGAGCAUCCCUGGAUGCCCCAGAGCCAGAUGAGAGAUCUCCAGCGCUGCCUGCCUGUGUGUGUUUGUUUGUUUGUUUGUUUGUUUGUUUGGUGUAAGAGUUACAGAAUUAAACCUGUGUUACCCUGUAGGAUCCACGGAGAUUUUGCUAUUGUAGAAGGGGUUUUGCUGAAACGCAGAAAAAUGAGUGUACCUUAAUUCCCAAGUGUUAAAUCUUUCCACUUUUUAGGAGGAUAAAUUAAGAAAUGGCAGAAGCAGUUUUCCACCCCCCGAGAAGGAAAAGAAGAGUUUUCGAGUCGUACGAGGCUCCCUUUCCUGUGGAUGUGGGGGGGAAGGAUUUCAGGCUGUGCCAGGCUGAGAUCAUUAACAACAAUGUGAUUGUGAGGAACCCCGAGGAUAUUGAACAGCUUUACAACAAGGGCUAUUUUGGAAAAGGGAUCCUGUCCAGGAGCCGGCCAGUGUUCAACAUUUCAGAUCCUCUGCUGGUGGCCAAGUGGAGAGGUGUUAACACAAACAUGCCCAUAAUUACAUCUCAAAAGUACCAGCGCCGUGUGCAAUGGGCUAAAAGUGUCCUGCAGGAGCAGGGUCUCGACGAGUGCUCUGUCACCAGAAUCCUGGAGAAUUACACCAAACCCCUGGGGCUGCCCUUCUCCAGAGGGCAUGGGGCUGAACAAACUGGGGACAGCUGCACCAGAGGGGGCCCAAACCCAGGAAAUGCAGAACUGAGCAGGAAAUCUGCUGCCAGUGAAGGAGCCCGAAGCCCUGAGGACCAGAACGGGGGCUCUGAGGAGGGAGGAGAUGCAGCUCUGGGUCCUGGGACUGGUUCCAGGGAGCAGGAGCAGGGAGAUUUCAGGGAAAUGGCUGAAGGGUCCUGCCACAGGGACCUUCCUGUGCUCUGUGGUUGUGAGGUGAAGCAGAGCCCUGAGCAGAGGGCUUGGGAGGGGAUGGACUCAAGGGAAUGUGCUCCAGAGUAUGUGCUGGUGCAAGAGGAGGAAGAAGGAAGCUCCUGUCCUGAAGAUGAUUCCACUCAUGAACAAGGGAAUCUUGUCAAGAAGGAAGUAUUAGUAUGCAGAAAAAACCCAUUUAGGAUGUUUGAAUACUUGCAGCUCAGCUUAGAAGAGGCUUUUUUCUUAGUGUAUGCUCUGGGAUGUUUAAGCAUUUAUUAUGGUGAGGAGCCCCUGAGCAUCACGAAGCUGUGGGAAGUGUUCAGUGAGGUAAAGCCUGAUUUCAAAACCACCUACAUGGCCUACCACUACUUCAGGGGCAAGGGCUGGGUGCCCAAGGUGGGGCUGAAGUAUGGCACAGAUCUCUUGCUGUAUCGAAAAGGGCCCCCCUUCUACCAUGCCAGUUACUCUGUCAUUGCUGAAUUGGUGGAUGAUAAUUUUGAAGGUUCCCUUCGCAGACCCCUCAGCUGGAUGUCCCUGUCUGGGCUGAACAGAACAACUGCAAAUGCUUCUAAGGAGCUCAUGCUGUGCUAUUUGAUCAGACCUUCUGACAUGACUGCAGAGGAGAUGUCAACCCCAGAGUGCAUGAAGAGAAUCAAGGUUCAGGAGCUGAUCGUGACUCGUUGGGUUUCCUCCCGUGAGCGCAGUGAGCAGGAUGAAUUUUAAUUGACUGCACAAGUAAACCUCACUUUUUAGAAACCACUUCUUCUUGUUUUUCACUGGAUCUGGUGAUGAACUGUUGCUUCAGAAUAUUUUCUACCACCAUACUCACUUGGUGUGUAUAAAUGCUGUUUAAAUUGAGGUGUAUCAUGUUUACUGGAGAGAAUGUUUUACUGUAAAAUGUAACUGAACAGAUGAAAGGGAAAAAAAAUAAAAGCUAUGUCCCAACUCAAAAUAUAAAAUAAAAUUAAGAGGUG